UAAUCUCUCACUUGAAUAGGAUUACUGCAGGGCAAACACACAAAUACAACACGAAAACUCUCGCAAUGACCUUCUGUUGGCCGCAGCUCACGCCCAGACGCUCACUCAAAGACAAAACGGCCAACUGGAUUCAACUGCCGCUCAUGAUGUCACUCUCGAUGCCACGCCCCUUCAUGGACAGUAGUCAUUACAUAGAUACGACCUUACCACGAAACGCAGUUUAUUUCUUAUCAUUUUUUUUUAAAUGCUAUUCUCAAAACCCAUUGACAAAAAAUGGCCGGACAAAUUGAUGGAAUAAUUGGAUUCUUGUCAAUGCCCACGUUUGAAAAAUACCACGUCAGGCAUGAGUCACGGCAACAUAAUUAUCCUGGCAUUCGGUCGCAAUUUGACAAUUGUGCCCUGCGUGUGUGUUUGUGAGCGAUUGUAUCCUCUGUAAAUAUUAGUUGCAAUAAAUCUGUCACAACCCGAAUUUGCAAAAACAUUUUUAACUCCGACGCCACCCGGCUCCGACGGAAUUUCGGCUUAUCCCAGCGCGGCGUGGGUGUGACCUAUGUAUAUGAAUGUGAAUUCAAUUAUACUUCCAUCUCUCGCCCUGGUUUGUUUUCCCUCUAAAGUGUCCGGGCAGUUUUUAUAAUUGAUUUUUUUUCUUUAUUGCUCCUUCUCCUUCCUAAGGAGCUUCGGAACAGCUUUUUGUAUCAUUUGUUUGCCGCGUCAAAUCCGUUCGUUUUAAUUUGAACCCAUUUGUUAAAAACACGCGACUGAAGCAAGCCUCUCUCUGUCUCUUUGCCUCUCUCGCCGUCUCUCUCUCGCUCUGCCUCCCUCCCUCUGUCUCUCCAGCGGACUCGACGUGUCUCGGUCGCUAAGGCAACCGAUGCUUUUUGUUCCCCCUUUGCGCUCGUGUCUCCACUUUUCUCCGCCUCAUUCCCUCUCUCCCCUCGCCAGAGGUAGGCACCGCUUUACGUCGCGGGUGACAUUUGCUUGGAAUUUGGGUGGUCAAGAAGUAGUCGAGUCGGAACAAAUGGUCAUCGGGGAGUAUUGCCCGCCGCGCGCGCGCGCACGACGUGCAUGCCGUCGCCGACGAUGAUUGAUUGGCUUGGCCGCGAAAGCGUGAUGGCCAACUACUUUUUUGGCCAUUGGGCGUGCGGUGCGUUAAAACUUUAAAUGGCCCGCGAGAAGCGUGUAUGUUUCCAAUCGAUUAGAGAGCCAAUCCGAUCACAGUGCAGAUCCUGCAUAGAGAGAAAAUCGUGACACUCCCCCUUUGUUUUCCUCUCUUUUGCUCGUUUUGUCUCAGAGAUGAUAGGCCUGCCGCUGCGUGAGUGAACACAGAGAAGUGAUGGAGAGAUGUUCCAUCGUGCCCGUCGCACGACUGAGCGCCCUCGCCUCCCUCGUCCUAGUCGCCCUGGUGACGCAGCCCUCCACCUGUCACCGGGACGACAAGGAGCGGGUGGAGGCCCCGGCCGUCCAGCUGUCUGUCACCACCCAGGUGACGCCCACCCCGCUUUGGGCGGUGGUCUGGGGGCCCACGCAGCCGCUGGAGGAUGAGACCUACCACCUCCUCUUCAGCCAGGAAACGGAGCAGCUGCGCGGGCAUGGGAGUCAGCGAGAGGCCAACACCGCCGCCGCGUCCUCCGAGGACUGGCUGUACACCGACGUCAGCGCGCAUCCCAAAGAGGAAGUGCCCCCGAAGUCCCGGAACCAAAAGGGGGUGGAGGACGGGGGGGCGGCGGAGGAGGCCGAGCUGGAGGAAGUGGACCCUCAGUUCUACGUCACUGUGACCAUCUCCACGCUGCUCAUCCUCACCGCAAUCAUCAUCACGGCAAAACUCUGUUCUGAUUGCAGCUGUUCGCUGCAUCCGCCGCCGCUAUCUCGCGGCGUGGCCCCGCCCCUCUCUCGCACACUCCCGUGCUCGCUGGAGUCUGAGGAGAGCCAGCAGACGCUGCACAGCACCUCCUUCUCCGACCGGGAAAGGAUCCCGGUGGUGAACCUGUAAGGCUUCUCUUUUUCCACUUCUACGGAGCCUCCAGAAUUUGUUUUUUCUUCCCGCCUGCAGCAGCAUUUUUCAUUUUCUCCCAAAGUGUGAAAUACGUGGAGGGACCGCAGUUAUUGGAGCCGCCGCAGAAGCCCCUCUACUUCCCUGAGGUCUUAAACCUAAAUUCAUCACGCCUCCCUCCCUCCCUUCUUUCCCCACACGUUCGGCGUAAAUUUCCUGUGCACGGCUCCGAGCUGUGCCAAACGCAGAGCUGCCGUGACAAAUUCACAAACAAACAAUUUAAUAGCUGUGCAGCAUCCAAAUUUCCAUCUCUGCGCUUCCAGUCACACAUUUACUCCAUUUAAUCUCCAUCGCAAACCGGAUAUCAUACGGAGGCCGCCAUUACAGAUGCGCAGAACGGAUGCGCAAGACACGUCAGCUAUAUAAAGAGCGAGAGUUCAGUUCUCUACCUAAAUGCGUAUUACAGGUAAUAUUUUUUUCACAACACUUUGCCUUGUUCCUUUCGUCUCUGCUGUU